CCGGGAGGGAGCCGGGAGCCGAGCCCCGGAAAAGCAGAAAUAUCCUGUAUUGCGGGCGACUUGCGGCAACUUGAGUUGGCAAACGGAGAGAGCAGGUGCCAGUGAAAGCGUGGGGAAGCACAUGCUUGAAGCAUGCAACAACAACCUGGAGAUGGCUGUCACCAUGUUCCUGGAUGGAGGAGGGAUUGCAGAGGAGCCCAGCACCAGCUCUGCAGCGGUGUCUGCUGUCCGCCCGCACCCUGAAGAUGAAGUACGAGCUCCAAUUCCUCAAAAGCAGGAAAUCUUAGUAGAGCCUGAACCCUUGUUUGGAGCUCCUAAAAGACGCAGACCUGCUCGCUCAAUAUUUGAUGGCUUUCGGGAUUUUCAGACAGAGACCAUCCGGCAGGAGCAGGAGCUCCGGAACGGAGGGGCAGUGGACAAGAAGCUGACAACACUGGCAGAUCUCUUCAGACCUCCCAUCGACCUGAUGCACAAAGGCAGCUUUGAAACGGCCAAGGAGUGUGGUCAGAUGCAGAACAAGUGGCUCAUGAUAAACAUUCAGAACGUGCAAGAUUUUGCCUGCCAGUGCCUCAACCGUGACGUCUGGAGCAACGAGGCUGUGAAGAACAUCAUCAGGGACCACUUCAUUUUUUGGCAGGUGUACCAUGACAGUGAGGAAGGACAGCGGUACAUCCAGUUCUACAAACUAGCAGACUUCCCUUAUGUCUCCAUCCUGGAUCCCAGGACAGGCCAGAAGCUCGUGGAGUGGCACCAGUUAGAUGUGACUUCUUUCUUGGACCAAGUGACCGGGUUCCUGAGCGAGCACGGCCAGCUGGACGGCCACUCCAGCAGCCCUCCCCAGAAAUGCGCCCGCUCAGAGAGUCUCAUCGAUGCCAGUGAGGACAGCCAGCUGGAAGCUGCCAUCAGAGCCUCUCUGCAGGAGACACAUUUUGAUUCCUCCCAGGCCAAGCAGGAGAGCCGGUCGGACGAGGAGUCGGAGUCGGAGCUUUUUUCUGGAAGCGAAGAGUUUAUUUCUGUUUGUGGAUCUGAGGAGGAGGAGGAGUCAGAGAUCCCAGCCAAGCUGAGGAAAUCUCCACACAAGGACUUGGGGUACAAAAAAGAGGAGAGCCGGAGGCCUCAGCCUGAGCCCUCUGCAAGGACUGAGCCUGGGACAGCAUCAAACCACAGAGUUGUGCCCUGCGUGGAGGCAGAGGAGUCACCUGACAAGGCUGAGAGCGCGUUCCGGGGCCUGGACGUCAAUGGACCAAAGGCACAGCUGAUGCUGAGGUAUCCAGAUGGAAAGAGGGAACAAGUUUCACUGCCUGAACAAGCUAAACUUCUGGCUCUUGUGAAACACGUCCAGUCCAAAGGAUACCCCAACGAACGCUUUGAACUGCUCACCAACUUCCCUCGGAGGAAACUCUCCCACCUGGACUAUGAGAUCACGUUACAGGAGGCAGGCCUGUGUCCUCAAGAGACUGUCUUUGUGCAGGAAAGGAAUUAGCACUGUGGCCUGAGCUCUCCCAGCCUUCCUCCCUCUCCUCUUUGCCUGGGACAAGCGUUGUUAAAUAUGCAGUUAAGGGUCAUGGGAUUGCAGUGCUGGAAUCAGGCAGCUGGCUGGGCCUUCCUUCUCCCCCUCCUCUCUCUCUCUCUCCCUCCCUUCUCCCACUCUAGUGACCAAAUGAGAGUGCUCAGUUUUAUUUUCUUCCUCAGCUGCAGAGAGCAUUGGGAAGAACAUCUUUCCUGUGCUUUCCUGGAAUAAAGUAAAACAGUGA